AUGGCUCCCCUGCACAACUCUAAUUCUUCUGAAAUGCAGGCUGAGAAUUCUACAAGUGAGAAUGACGUAGAGGGAAUUGUCGAGGUAGAUCGCAAAUGGCAAUCUCCACCUUCUUCCAAAACUUCCGCGACACGAUCACCCACCAUGCCACGAAGGAGUGAUGCUUCUUUGGACUUUGGAGAUGGCAUCAUUGAAAUGUCGCCCACGAAAAACUCUUCAGGUGUUUCGCCCAUCCAAUCUCCUAGCACUAAAUCACACAGCUUGUCCCCGCGUUCCAUGUUACACAGGCAAAAAUCCAACAAUAGGUUAAACAAUCUCGCUUUGGAAAUGUCAGUAACUUCCUUCACGGCCUUUGUGGACCAAGGCAUUAGUCCUCCUCCCUCAAUGCCCCAUAGAAGGGUAAGCACACACGAAGACGAUCAUGGGGGACCUCCCAAUAAUAUUUCCGAUGGAGAACUUGGUGGUGGUGGUGGUGGUAAUAAUCUAACAACUUGGCAAUCCAACCACACUGUUGGUGGCCGUCAAGAUGAUAUGUUCAUGACCUUGAACGAUGCCAAUGGUCCCACUGACGGAAAGAAGAGGCCCCGAAGGAUCCGAAGAGGUGUCCAAAGAGCCUUUUCCGAUUCCGAAUUGAGUGAGGCAUCUACAAUUAACAGCCAAAAGGAAUCCAAGAAAGAACGCAAACAAUCCAUUCUCAAGAGACGAAAAGAGCGACUGGCACGCACAUUCCUUGGUCGAGGGAAAGCGGCAAAGGUACCGAAUGCUGCACCGGAUGGUAUUUAUGACGAAGAGGAAGAAGAUGUUGUGGAUACGGACAAGGACUUGGAAGGAUUCAUCGGUAUUGCCAUUAAAAAGCAGUCAGGGCACUCCACCACCACUGACAAUGAAAGUCAUCCCCUUUCCAGUGGGGACGAUGUCGGGUCUGUGGUCACCAAAAAGACGCAGAAUGAAAUUGAUGUGGAAACCAGGUCUCGGGUGUCCAAGUCACCCAUCCGAUUUCCAGGACGGGACCGAUCUCGGAGCCGUGGUCGUGCCCGCAGUUCCAGUCGCCGUGGACGGGCCAGUGGAUCAAGUGUCGCCGCUGAGACGACCGAGAAAGCCAAAAAGAAGAAGAAAAAGAAAAAGAGCAGCUCGUUGUCCCGCCGAGGCAAAAAGGCUUCAGACAAUGACUCAACCUCUUCGUCCGACGACGAUUACGAAAAGCCACCCCGAAGUGGCUCUAAAGCAAGAGCCCCAAAGUCCCCCGGCCGCAGGAAAAAGUCUGCCAGUGCCAGACGGGCAAAGAAGGGUGGACGCAAGCCUAUAGCAGCACCCUUACAGGUUCCUCUCAACGAUGACUGGUCCCAUUCACAAAGAACAAUGACAGAUCUAGUCGUUAAUGUGCCACCAACCCAAGAAUUUGUCUCGCCCUGCACCAUUGGCAGUGGAAGGCGAUCGGUCAUGGACACUAUCACUCCCUCCAAUCGGUCCCGCAAUUCGAAGGUAUCUGCCAUCACAAUGUCGACGGGCAUGUUCAGCCCAUUUACAGCUGUCUCUUCUGAAGGCUUCUGUGACGACUUUUCAAACCACACGGAGAAUACAAAUUCCAGUCUGCGAGGCCCUAAACAUAUCCCCAAUUUGGAGGCCUCCGAACGCCAAUCCAAUACCAUGUUUACGAAGGGUAAUUUGUCUGCGGUAUUCGAAGACUCGUCGCGGGCUGAUGGAAUGGCCUUCUCUCCCUCGGUACCCACGGGAGGAAUGGUUUUCUCCUCGGCACGCACGGACGGUUUGGGCCGCUCGGGACGAAAUGAUGGAUUUGGCAUCUCGGGGCGCUCCGAUGGAUUGGGCUAUUCCGCCCGCACCGAAGGAGCGAGCCCCUACCCUUCUGGCAGUAGCAGCGAAAUGGGUGGCACGCCGCGUUCGACCUUACGAAUGCCUGCGGUUCCCAGACGGCGUCCUUCUUCCAGCGACCACAGCCUGACCUCUUCCGAUACAAAGGGGCCUCUCUUUGACAAUUCUUCCCAUGCAGAAGAAGAGCAUGACGAAGUGCCCUUUGAUCGAUUUGCCCCCAUGGUCAAAGUGCGAUCCAGUUCUGAUUUGAUGAUCCAAGCACCAGUGGAUGAGCGGCCGACCAUCAUGCUAAAGAAAUCCGCAUCGGAACGAAAUGUGUUUGCUGCGAAAUUAAAAAGCGGUGCCGAACGCGUAUGGAGACGGGGCAAGAAAAAGCCAUCUCAGCAAAUUUCGGAAUCAUAA